GAAAGAUGUGCCCACAGUAAACGUGGCUGCCUAGGCGGCUUCAGGUCAGGAAAGGAGGCGGGGCGAACGGGUCGGGACGUUUCGCCCAUAGACUUCUAUGGUUUGUCCCACAUACGGUGCUAUCCGGCUGGCUGGGCUCUUCUUGAAAGCGACUCAAGCGGUCAACAAUGUCUCUGGAGGACCCGUUCUUCGUGGUGAAAGGGGAAGUUCAGCAAGCAGUGAACAGAGCACGUGGGCUUUAUCAGCGCUGGUGUCAGCUGCUGCAGGAGACGCAUGUUAUCAGCAAAGAGGAAUUUGACUGGACUACUAAUGAACUCCGCAACAGCUUGCGCAGCAUCGACUGGGACUUGGAGGACUUGGAAGAAACCAUUUGCAUUGUGGAGUCGAACCCGCUCAAGUUCAAAAUUGAGCCUUGUGAGGUUGCCGCGCGUCGAUCUUUUGUCACAGAGAUGCAGGAAUCAGUCAGGGAAAUGCGGGAUCACAUAUCCAGUCCAGUAGCACAAGCCUUUGUGGAGAGGAAAAACAGAGAGAUGCUGGUGGGGAGCAGGAAACGCUAUGGACUGUUGGAUACAGAGGAAAUGUCAACCACCAAUUCCCACACUUUGGAAGAGCAGCAGAAGCUGAUCACAGAGGAGCAGGACGAGCAACUGGAGUUGGUCUCUGGUAGCAUCCGAGUGUUGAAACACAUGUCGGAACGGGUUGGAGAAGAGCUGGACGAACAGACUGUGAUGCUGGAAGACUUUGCCCUCGAGAUGGACAGCACUCACAGCCGCAUGAAUGGAGUGCUCAAAAAGAUGGCUAAAGUCUCUCACAUGACAAGUGCACAGUGUCAGUGGUGCAUCAUCUGCCUGUUGCUCAUCAUUGUCGUUGUCGGGGUCCUUGCUCUUCUCUUCACUCCGUGAUCAAAUGGCAGAGCGGACCUGGGGGACGGGUGGCAGGCUCCAAGCCCAUUCCUGUCAAACUGAGUGCCUAGAACUUCUGGGGCCUUGUAUCCUGUGCAGAAGUGUUGUGAAGCUUCCUUCCAGAGUGACAAGGAAACAAGUCCAUUUAUUAGAAGGGAUGAUGGAUUUCUAGCUGGGCUACUCUGCCUUGCAAUCACUUAGGUCCUAACUGUUUGAGGCUGCAGAUCUGUAAAAAGGGAGGACUGGAGCUUGGAGGUUAGUGGCUUUAUAAUGGGAGUCUGCAAAAUCUGCCUGUUUUGUGCCAUGAGUGAAAUCAUACACAAACAUCUGUGCCUGUGAAAUGUGGAGACUGUCUUGCACAUGCUGUUUACAUUACUCACGAUGCAAGUAGAAGCACCAGUGCCAGUUUCCUUGUUUCCUGAGUAGCCUUUUCCUCCUAUCUCCAGCAUCCUAAGAGGCAGAACACUGCCACAGCUGACCACUCUUGCCUCUUCAUGCCACCUCCUUGAAUGGGAGCAAGUUGGCUCCACAUUAAAAUACAUCUGCUGAAGAUACACAACUGACUAAGCCAUCACAUGUGUUUCACCUGUCAGUGGCAGAUGGAAGUAUGGCUGGAUUGGACAGGACAAAAGUCUGUCUUCCUUUUUAAAGGGUGAAAAUGUUCAGGGUUGAGGAUAGGCCAAAGCCAUCUUACUGCUUAAGUGUUAAGAAACAGAUUUUGCCUAACAAAAGUGGGAACAGAAUCCUGUACUCCAAAGCUCUGUUCCUUAAGGAGAUGGCAGCUGUCUUCCAGAAGCUGGGAGCAAAAUGUUAAGACUCCCGUCACCAAAUUCCCUCAAGCCUCAGUGCUGUGCUUUAGGAUACAAGUGCUGCUGAUACUUCUGGAAUGCUGCUAAGUACUUUGAGAAAACAGGUUUGAAAAGACCAGUUGGCUCAAACCUCUUUCACUAUUUCAAGCACUGGUUAUAGUAUCGGGCACACACCCUCUCCUCUGUACUCUAAAUCUCUGCCAAGGACACAGUGCCAUUGCUGAUAUAAAGAAGUAAGCCGAGUUCGACUGAGUUACCUGGAGGACAGGAAAUGUUUCUGUGGGGCAGCCCAGCUGUCACGUGCGCGCAGAAGCACAUUCUGUUUCUAUGGUGUAGUAUUAUAAAACAGUACCAAGGCAACUUUUUUUCUUCAAAAAAUAAAAUAAAGUUUUUAUACUUGUGUUUAAUACAAA